CUACGUUCUUCCACUCCGCCAACUGUGUGAAAUGGCGUCUUCCCACCAUUACCACCACCACUACCACCACCACCACCUCCUCCACCGCCGCCGCCAGUGCGUGUGUGUGUACCGUCGCCACCAUUCUGUGCGCCGCACACCGCGGUCCCGAGCUCACGCCAUUAUGUGACUUGCUCCCUUUUCUGUGAACCCGUUACCUGUCGUUUCAAGUGUACGCAAUGUGGCCCAAGGAUAACUCUCAUGUGGAAAAUUAUCGGUGCAAUUGCUCUUCGCCUAUCAACGUGGCUGUUAGUGGACCCUCCCGCCUCCUUCUAUGACUCGCAUACCGGCUUGACAAUUAUUGGCAUUGGCGGACAUGCCCGAACACUCAACAUUCGCUGGUGCCGCGGUAUUCAGAAGCAAUGAAAAUACAGGCCCAAAUUACGCCCCUGCAACUUCUAGCGCUUCGACCGCGUGGUGGUCUGGACCCACUGUCGAUGGUCCACCAGACCAGCGCUUCCAGGGUAACUUCACCAUUUCUCCAGAGUUAUUGGCAAUGCAGAACUCUGGAUACCAGCACCAUGUGAACGAUAAUACGGCAUUCCGUAGCGUUCCUGAGAACUCUAUGUUAUCACACUCAGAGACAGCAGAUGAUAGAACGUUUUACUAUCCUCAAGAUCCAUUGUCAUAUAUUUGGAGCCAGUUCAGACCUGUUUGGUACAACCCAGGCCAAUUCCCUCCGUCCUCGCAGCGCCAGCUUGGCAUGCAUCUUGGCAACUUUCAUGGCAUACAUGGAAACGACAAGAAAGAGGUUACAUGCUUCUGGCGGGCUUGCAAUCAAAAGAUGCAAAGAGGCGCCAUCGGGCGUCACAUAAUUAGCCGCCACCUGAACACCAGAUGGACCUGCGAGCAUUGUUUCAAGAC